AUGGUAGAUCACAUUAAUAGAAUUACAUCAGCAUUGGAGUCUGCUAGAGUAAUGACUCUUGAAGCUGCUGCUGUUGCUUCAUCAAAAUUUGGAGAGUCGAGCUACACCCAAUAUUCCAAGAAUAUAUCACCUCAGCAACUUCGAGAAUUUUUAAAUUCAAGAUAUUCACAAGAGGUUAAAGAUGGUAUGAAUAAAUUAAUUUCAGCACUAGUUUCUGAUGAUCAACAACUUGAUAUUGAGUCCUAUUUUGCGGAUGUCAUUAAAAAUAUUAAUUCGGAAGACUUAAAAGUUCGUAAAUUGAUAUGUAUUUUUCUUUUAAGAUUUGCUGAGAGAAAUCCAAAUUUAGCUUUAUUAUGUGUAAAUUCAUUACAGAAAACACUCUCAGAUAUCAAUGCUGAUAUUAGGGCCAUAUCAGUAAGGGCCUUAUCGGACAUUAAAAUCGAUUCAUUGCAUCCAAUAAUUUGGUUAACUUUAAAGAAGGCAAUCACAGAUUCAUCGGCUAAUGUAAGGUCAGAAGUAGCAUUUGCAAUUAUAAAAUUAAACAGACAAAACCCAGAAGACUUUGAGGAAGAUUCUGUGUUACUUUUGUCAAGCUUAUUAGCUGAUUCAGAUCCACAAGUUAUUUCUUCCACGAUUAUUUUGUUCAAAGAAUGCUUCAUGAAUAAUUUGGAAUUGUUACAUAGUCAUUUCCGCUAUUAUUGUGAAAUUAUUAAUUCAUUAGAUUCAUUUGCACAAUCAGGGCUAAUUGAUAUCUUGAAUGUCUAUUGUAAAAAGUUUAUUCACAGGCCAACGAUUACUGAAUUAACAGGUGAUAAUAUCCAAAAUCAAACGAUGGUAUUUCCUGAUCAUUUUAUUGAUAUUCCAUUUGAAAAUUAUACCAUAGAUUAUGAUCCAGAUUUGCGUUUGUUUUUAGAUGCAAAUAAGAAACUAUUGUUUUCUGAUAAUCCUCUGGUAUUAAUAUCGGUUAUUAAAACUCAUCUUAAUUUUUGUACUCCAAUUGAUUUUGUUAAGAAUGGUCUACCCCUCUUAUUGAUGAGAUCAUUUGCAAUUAGUAAAGACAUUUCAGUCAAAAAUGGUUUGUUACAGAUAGUUUUAUUAAUUUGUAAUAAGAAUCCAAAAAUUUUUUAUCCAUUCGUCAAGAAAUUCUUUAUUUUAAGGCACGAAUCCUACUUGACAAGUUCAAUUAAAUUAGAAAUAUUAUCUAAAUUAGCUGAUGAAACAAAUAUAAAAUCAAUAAUUAGAGAAAUUAAGUAUUACAUUAAAAAUUUUAAGUCGGUAUCAAUCGUCAUUAAAGCUAUUAAAGUGUUAGAGACAUGCUCUCAAAUCUCAGAUAUAUACGAAACUCAUAUUUUAAAGUGGUUAAUCAAUUUAAUAGAAGUCAAUACCUCGAAUACUGAUAAGGCUCUUAAUGUAACACCUGUAGCAUUAAAUUAUAUUAUUAAUACAGUUCGUGUAAUUAUUCAAAAACAGCCAACUAGAUAUUUUGUUGAUAUAGUCAAAUUAACUACUUUGCUAAAUCAUAAGAAAUUCAAUUUGAAUGAUAACUCAAAAGCUAAUAUUAUCUGGCUAAUUGGUGAAAUAGCUGCUAUCGAAUUUAAAAUCUGCCCAGAUAUUCUUCGUAAUUUACUAAAGAAUUUCAUCAAUGAGGGAUACGAAACUAGACUACAAAUUUUAAUUCUAUCUGCAAAAUUAUUAUCCUAUGAUAUAGAUAAUUUUAAUAAACAGAUUAAAGAGAUAGAUGUAAACGGACAGACUUCAUUUUAUGACUUUCGUACUUCACGUAUUAAUCAAUUGUUUACCUCUAUCAUUUAUUUGUGUAAGUUUGAUAAGAGUUAUGAUAUAAGAGACAGAGCAAGAUGGGUCAGCUCUCUUUUUGAAUCUAGGAAGUAUGAAAUCGCUACGCUAAUGCUGCAAGCGCCAAAGCCUAUUGUAAAAGAUGAUGAUACGUUAACUAAUAUAAAGGUUGACUCAGAUAUUAAAGUAUAUUUCAAAAAUAUUCCUUGGAGCGAAAUUUCUGAUACCUCUAAUGAUGCUGAAAAUGUAGAUAUUAGAGAACCUGCAAAAUUGAAAGAUUAUAGUAGAUAUUUGAAGAAUUUGUCGUCUACCUCCUUUAUGAGUAAACGUAAUAGUGAAAGAUUUGUUAUCCAUAAUACUAAUAAUAAGGCUGAUGAAAUUAUAAGCACAGAGCCAGUAACUACAAAUAGUAGUACACAGAAGACUAAGAAACCCUAUAAAUUACAGAGCUUGGAAGAAUUUUUUGCAGAUAUCCCAGAUUCUUCAGCCAAGGGCAAGCCUAAGAAAACCAUAAUUAUAGAAGAAAGCUCUAGUAGUGAUGAGACUGAUCAAGAUGAUGAUGAAGAUUAUUAUGAGGACGACGAUGAAGAGGAAGAGGAAGAGGAUGAUGAAGAUGAAGAUGAGUCAAGUGAGGAAGAUGACGAAGAGGAGGGAGAUGACGAUAACAACGAAAAUCUUGUUCAUAACCCCAGUAUUCCUGAAAUUCGAAUGUAA